AGCUCCUGACUUUUCCUCAACUUCCUUUUUUUGGACCAUCUCCUCCCAUCUCGUCCUGAGUCGAGACUCGUUGAAGAUACUUUCAGUCCCCACGAUCGUCGCGUCCUAGCCGCAUGUUCUCACCUGUCGCCGGAAGUCCAAAGAAUGACAACAUGUGCUGACCAGGUGAGAAUUCUGGUACCUGUCCAUGGUGCUGAAGCGGAUUCGUCUUUUUCGGUAGCGGUGAGACACUUGACCUCGCUUGGACUCAGUGGAUGGACGCCUGGGAGUAUUUAGAAGUUGAUUUGACAUUUCCUGCUUGAAGACAUCGAAACUCGUUCUGAACACCAAAUGGUCGUUUGAAGAAAAUGGAGGCGUCCGCCAACGGGUCCAGUUUCGGCAUCGACUCGCUGCUGUCCCACAGACCCGGCAGUCCGCUCUCUAAGGCGGGCAGCCUGGCGGGGGAGUGCCGCUCGCCGCUGGAGUUCAGUCCGAGAUCUGACGCGGAGAGCCGCUGCUCGUCGCCGCCCUCGCCCGGGAGGGAGUGUUCGGACGAGGUGGCCCAGAGGCACGGCCACGGCCUGCCGCCUCACCUCCAGCACGGCCCGGCUAUCUCGGCGGGGUCGCAGCAGAGGACCAUGACCUCGUCCUUCCUCAUCAGAGACAUUCUGGCGGACUGUAAGCCUCUGGCUGCCUGCGCGCCUUACUCCAAUAAUGGACAACCUACGCAGGAGGCCGGCAGGCUGGCCGCCAAGAUAGCAGAUGACUUUAUGGAGAAAAUACACAGCAACUCUUCCUCAGACAGCGAAUAUAAAGUGAAAGAGGAGGGGGACCGGGAGAUCUCCAGCAGCAGAGACAGUCCUCAGGUCCGGCUCAAGAAGCCCCGGAAGGCCCGGACGGCCUUCACGGACCACCAACUGGCGCAACUUGAGCGCAGCUUCGAGCGGCAAAAGUACCUGAGCGUCCAGGACCGCAUGGAGCUGGCGGCAUCCCUCAACCUCACCGACACCCAGGUCAAAACCUGGUACCAGAACCGGAGGACCAAAUGGAAGCGGCAGACCGCAGUGGGACUGGAACUGUUGGCGGAGGCUGGGAACUACUCAGCCCUGCAGAGGAUGUUCCCGUCGCCCUACUUCUACCCACAGAGCCUGGUGUCCAACCUAGACCCAGGAGCGGCCCUCUAUCUGUACAGGGGGCCUUCAGCACCCCCACCCAGCCUACAGAGGCCCCUCGUCCCUCGGAUCCUGCUGCACGGCUUGCAGGGGGGAAGCGAGCCACCGCCCCCGCCUCCUCUGCCCCCCAUGUCCGGUGUGCUCCCCCGGCCGGCCCAGCAGCGGUGAGCCAGAAAACCGGAAGCAAUAGAAGCAAAAUAAAAGACAAAAAUACAAACAAGCAACUUAAGGAGCCUUUACGAAGAAAGACACUGAGGAUGCAACUUUUUUCAACUGAACUCCUGGAAGAUGCUUUACCUUUUUUUGGACUUAUUUAUGUCUUAUUUAUAUUUCUGUAUAAAUCAAAGUGUCUAAGUUAUGUAUUUAUUUAAACCCAUCACACAUGCUGGUGCUGUCUGCCCAUCAAUGCCACCUCUGUUAUUUGUUUUUUAAAUCAAUAUUAUUAGUUAUAAAAGUGCAUCCUUCCAUAGUUAUGAUUUAAAUUUCAGGUGAAUCGAUUUCUCUUGUGAACUUUGACCCAUGUUAAAAAUGUCCAAACGUGUAAAUAAGAAUAUUUUACAUUGCAGCAUUUCUUUUUAAUUCCUAGUGUCUCGAUGCACUUGAACAUUCUAGGCUAGAUUAGCCAUUCAAAAAUACUUUGCAAGUGUUCAAUGGA